AUGAAAUUCAUUUCAAUGUUUAUUGUCAACAUUAUAAUAAUAAUGAUAAUUUAUCCAGAAUUUAUUCAACAAUUUACAUUACAACGAUAUGAAGAAUUUUUACGUUCACAUGGUAUCUAUAAAUCAAAUGAUGAUAAUGGUAUUGAAGAAUUUGGUUCAAAAACCUGGAUUCCAUCAUUAAAACAAAUGAAAAAAUAUAAUUAUAUUGAUUGUGGUUAUGAUUUAUUUGAUCAAACAAUAUCGUUUGCUGUUAUUAUGAAUCGUAUUUAUCAAUUUAAAUUAUCAACAUAUCCUACUCAUUAUGAACCACCAUAUUAUGCAUCAUAUGUUGAUGUUAUUAUUUAUGAUGAUGUACAUGAACGAUAUUCAAAAAAAGAUCAUUUAUUACAUGUUUUUAAUGGUUAUCGUUUGGGUGUUGAUCAAAUUGUUCCAGAAAUCAAUGAUUUAGGUAAUUUUCAAAAACGUUUAUCACAUUUAAUAUAUGCCUUUCAAGACGAACGUAAAAAACGUUUAUUAAUAACAUUAGUAUGGAAAAAAUAUAUAAGUUUUACAUUAGCAAUACGUUUAUUAUUAUGUUGUGAUCGUUUAUGGAUGGCAUCAGAAUUUCAUUCAAGAUUAGAUGGUUAUUCAACGGAUUAUUUUCAUUAUAAUUAUCAUGCAUUAAAACCUACACAAUUUUUUCAACAAAUUCCAAUUUCAUUUGGUAAUCAAACAUUAAAUAUUGUAUGGGAAUUUGAUACUGAAUAUAUUAAAAUUAUCGAUUUCAAUAUAACAACACAUUUAUCAUCAUUAUGUUUUGGACAACAAACAAAUGAAACAUUAACACAAAUAAAAGCAACUGAAAUUUGUCAUUAUCAAAAUUUGGAUUAUGAUAUAACAACAAAAACAUUGAUUGAAUUUUUUCAAGCAUUUAGUUAUGGUUUUAAAAUGAUUACCGAUUUAAUACUUGUAUCUAAUACAAAAAAUUUAGUAUUAAUUGUUGAUGAAAAUCUUUUACUUACACAUUAUAAAGAAUAUCCAUAUGAAAUUAAAAACGCAGAAGAUUUUUUUGUUUGUUAU